CUGCAAGUUGCAGUGCAAAUCCCACGAUGUGCUGAAGUCCGUGUAAAAUGCGCUGCUGGACAUCAUUGUGAGGAUACACCAACUGGUAUCACAUGUGCUCCCGAUCCAGUUUGUCCAGCCAAUGAAGAAUUCAAUAUAUGCGCAUCGGACUGUGAGCAGACCUGUGUUGCUAUGGGACGGCCAUGCACUACUCAGUGCUUACCACCAAAGUGCCAGUGCAAGAGCGGAUUUGUACGUGAUGGUGGACGAUGCAUUGAUCCCAACUCCUGCCCGAACAGGCGGCCGAUAACGACGACCACCCAAAACUACGUGGAUGAGCCUGUGACCCCGCUCUUGACCAGUUGCGACCAAGCAGUGGUUGCAAUUUUGUGCGCUCCUGGUUACCACUGUGACAUUGUCAACGGAAGGCCACAAUGCGUGCUGAAUAUAGAUCGGGUCCACUAA